UCUGGACGCUAGCCGGCCCGCUUCUUCUAGACGGCCUCCCCGGGAGGAGAGAGGGCAGCCACUCCCGCCGGGCUGGGAGACGGGCGCUGCCCCCGCCAUGCUCUCCGGACUGGCCCGGGCCGCGGCCCUGAGGCUCGGGGCGCCCUGCGCACGAUGGUUGGGAAGCCGGGCCGGGGUCCCAGCCCACGUGGUGGACCUGCGCAGCGACACGGUGACCAGGCCCGGGCCGGCCAUGAGGCGCGCCAUGGCCGAGGCGGUCGUGGGGGACGACGACUACGGCGAGGACCCCACCGUCCGCGAGCUGCAGGAAAGGGCCGCCCAGCUGCUGGGGGUGGAGCAGACUCUGUUCGUGCCCACCAAUACCAUGGCCAACCUCAUCUGUGUGAUGGGUCACUGCCGGCGCCGGGGCUCCCAGCUCCUCCUUGGGCAGGAGUGCCACCUCCACGUCUAUGAGCAGGGCGGGGUGGCUCAGGUAAGGACCAGGCACCACUCCCCUGGGGCCCGGACAUCCUCUAGCCAGUACAGGUGGCCUAGGUGCUGCUUCCUAGGCACCUGGCUGGAACCUGCAGAGAAAGGGGAGAGCCUGACAGAAGCUGGCGGGAAGGUGGGAGGGAGAACCAAGUCUCAGCUUUGCCGGUGGGGGCAGAAGCGGCUGCCUGCCUGGUGCUUGGUGCCCUGCUGCCCCCUAGUGAGCACUUGGAACACUGGCACUCCAGGAAGGAGCCAGAGGAAACAGGGAAACAUCUCAAAUGAAAACGGGCCAGGGGCCUACACCCUCCUCACUUGGGAUGCUGUGUCUGGAUGCACAGAGCAAGGGAAAGUCCUUGGAACCCCGAGAUGGGAAGGAGCAGGCACAAGAUUGGGGUCUGGCUCCCUAUUCCAGAGGACCCCUCCCAUCCACCAGGAGGUACAGCUGGACCCCUGGACCUGCCUGAUCCUUCACCCCUUUCCUCACCUGCAGAUUGCUGGGGUGCACUCUCACUUGCUCCCAGACCUGCCCCAUGGGACCCUGGACCUGGAUGAGCUGGAGAGGGUGAUCACUCGGGGCCUUGGGAACCCAUAUCACCCAGUCUGUGAGCUUGUAUGCCUAGAGAACACACAUAGCAGCUCAGGGGGCCGGGUCCUCCCUAUCGACUACCUCCGCCAGGUACACCUCUUGGCCCAGUCCCAUGGGGCCCGUGUCCACCUGGAUGGAGCUCGACUGAUGAAUGCAGCUGUGGCUCUGCGUGUCCCCCCCGCCCGCAUUGUGGAGCAUUGUGACUCUGUGUCCUUCUGUCUCUCCAAGGGUCUGGGUGCACCAGUGGGGGCCCUGGUCGGGGGGCCCAAGGACUUCAUCCAAGAAGCGUGGCGCCUCCGUAAAGCCCUGGGUGGGGGCAUGCGCCAAGCCGGGGUGCUCGCCGCAGCCGCCCUUGUGGGACUGGCUGAGGCAGAGGAAGAGCUGCCGAGGGACCACGAGAACGCGCGGAGGUUUGCCAGAGGACUCCAGGCCUUGGCAUCGCCCCACUGCUCUGUGGAUCCUGCUGCUGUGGAGACCAACAUGGUGCUGGUGAAGGUGGUCGGGCUGCCCGCUGCGGACCUGUGCCAGCGCCUGCAGGCUGUGAGCCCCGACGAGGUGGCCCAGACAGGCCAUGCUGUGCGCGUGCUGCUGUUUCCCUGGACAGAGCAGUCUGUGCGUGCCGUGUGGCACCGUGACGUCUCCACCCAGGACACUGAGCUGGCACUGAGGAAGUGGGAGUUUGUGCUGAGGCAGUUGGGGCCCUGAGGAUGGGGCCCUGGGCCCCGGCUGGGAUUGAAGUGGGGCGUGGAAGUGCCCCGAGCCUCUGGCAGAGAAGUACAGGCCAGUCUCUGGGGGAAGAUGACUCCGCCCAGAGCCUACGGUUUUCUCAGUUAUGCAUAUGUGAUGUCCCCACUCAGUCAGAGACAACCAGGCAAGGGAUGGGACAAGAUGUGACUGAAAAUCAAGAGAAAAACACAGACAAAAGAAACAGACACAGGAUCAUAAUAAUGGACUUGUUAUACACAGGAUUUAAAAUAAAAUAUUUAAGAAAUCAAAGGCAAAAGCA